AUGGUGGAACCCGAUACGAAGAAGCCUCUGCUUCAAUUCGCGCCGAUGCAGAGCUCCGUCGAUGAAGGAUUCUGGCAUAGAUUGUCAUCUUUGAAGCUCAACAAACUUGGCAUUGAUGAUUCUCCAAUACCCAUUAUUGGUUUCUACGCACCUUGCUCACACCCUCGAGUAUCGAAUUAUCUAACUCUUUUAGCUGAGUCUUUACCUUCUGAAUCAAGUGAAGCAUCAUCAAUACCAGAACCAAGCCACGGAAACAGGAACAGGUGUUCUGUUUCAGGGACACUUUACAACACUAAUACCGUGGAGAGUUUCCAUGCACUUGAUAAACAUAAUCUGUUAAAGGAAGAGGCCCAAAAGAUAUGGGGUGACAUUCAAACUGGAAGAGCUCUGGAGGACUGUUCAGUACUUUCAAGAUUUCUUCUUAUUUCAUUUGCAGACCUGAAAAAAUGGAGUUUUCAUUAUUGGUUUGCUUUCCCUGCUCUGAUGAUUGAUCCUCCUGCUACUGUGGUUAAUUUAAGUCCUGCUUCUCAGUGGUUGAGCAAGGAAGAGGCAGAGUCCCUCUCUGCAGCUUGUAACGAGUGGCGUGGUUCGAAAUCAACAGCAGACGUCCCAUUCUUUUUAGUAACUAUAGAUCCAAACUCACGUGCUACUGUUAGGCUUCUGAAGGAAUGGAUGCUCACAAGAUCCUAUUUGGGUUUUAUGACCCGUGUCAUCUCCCAAAUAAUCCUGGAUGGCCCCUGCGCAACCUCUUAG